AUGGGGAGCUUUCGGCCUCCGGCCGCCGCGCUGCUCCUCGCGGCGCUGCUGUGCGGCGCCCAGCCGCCCAGCGCCGAGGAGGGCGCGUCCUCGGACGCGAAAGACGCGUCCUCGGACGAGGAGGGCCGGAGCAACUCGCAGCAGACGCUGUCGUCGUCGGAGACGAACCGCUUCUGCCGCCUGGCGAACUCGUCCGGCUGCUGGGGCCGGAACCGGGCCUACGGCGACGACGCGCUGCUCACCUUCGCGGACCUCAACGUGACGGCGACUUACGAGCCGACGCGGCUCCGCCCCGCGCUCGGCGACCUCGACGGCGACGCGGACCUCGACCUCGUCGUCGGCGCGUCGGACGUCGGCGACGCCCGCGACAUCCUGGGCCACCGCGGCGACGUCUUCCUCUUCUGGAACGUCGGCUCCGCGCUCGCGCCGGCGUUCCGCUGGGACGACGCGUUCGGCUACCCCUUCUACCCGGCGACCGUCGCGACGGAGAACCCGCCCUGCGCCGGCGCCGCGGCGGUCGUGACCUGCGGCUGCGACUUCCCCUGCGCGAACGUCACGGGGCAGCUGGCGCCCGCGCUCGCGGACCUCGACGGCGACGCGGACCUCGACCUCGUGCUCGGAUCGGAACGCGCGUACCUCCGCUACCUCGAGAACGUCGGCGGCGCCGCGGCGCCGUCCUUCGUCGACGCGAGCGACGCCGCGGGCGCGCCCUUCGGCAGCGGGCUCGUCGCGGCCUUCGAGGCCGACGCCGCGGGCGCCUACGAGUGCCCGUCGCCGUCCUUCGCGGACUUUGACGGCGACGGCGACCUCGACAUGGUGCUCGGCGCGAGCAACGGCAACCUGCACUACUACGUCAACGAGGGCAACGCGACGGCCCCGCGCCUCGUCGAGUCCGACGCCGUCGUCUUCUCCGAGAGCGUCGGCGCGGUCUCCGCGGCGGCCGCGGCGGACGUCGACGGCGACGGCGACGUCGACGUGCUCCUCGGCGAGAUGAUGCCCUACGUGAACCUCGCGAGGAACGUCGGCUCGCGCUACGAGCCCUACUUCGAGCGGCCCGACGACGCCGACGAGCCCCUGAACAACUGGGCCGCGGCGACGGCCUACGACGACCUCACGCAGGCCUACGCGGCGCCGGCCGUCGGCGACCUCGACGGCGACGGCCUGCCCGACGUGCUCGUCGGCUCCGUCGACGGCCUCGUGGUUUUAUACUUGACCACCGUCUCCGAGGCGCACUACGGCGAGACCUGGGAGGACCUCCAGGCCGACUCGCCGACGCAAAGCCUCGUCGACGCGGACGGCGACGGCGACCUCGACGUCAUUCUGAGCUCGGCCUACGGCGGCGCGGUCUACCUCCUCGAGAACGACGGCGGCGCCGCGUCGCCCCACUUCGCGCUCCACGGCGACGGGGGCGCGAACGCCGCGGCGGACGCGUUCGCGGGCAAGGAGCACAUGGCGCUCGCCGUCGGCGACGUCGACGGCGACGGCGCCUUCGACGUCGCGUUCGGCGACGGCGACGGCGCCGUCGCCUUCUUCUACAACCGCGGGUCCGCGGACGCGUUCCGCUUCGACUUCGCGGAUCCGGACCUCGUCGUCGACGCGCCGGACGGGCGGACGCUCGCCAAGCCGGAGCUCGGCGACGUCGACGGCGACGCGGACCUCGACCUCGUGGCCACGUACGCGCCGGCGUUCACGCCCAUCGUCUACUUCGAGAACGGCGGCAACGCGUCGCGCCCGGCCUUCGUCGAGGCGCCGUCCGGACAAAACCCCUUCGACGCCGUCGACGCGAUCCACAUCGACCAGACUGUGUUGGCGCUCUACGACGUCGACGCCGACGGCGACCUCGACCUGCUGCUGGCGAAGCUCACGGGCACGGCGGUCUACUACGCGAACUUCGGGUCGUCGACGGCCAUGGACCUCGUCGAGGACGCGGAGCACGGCCUCAACGAGGCGUCGCUCGGCGCGCUCGCGACGGCGCCGGCGGUCGCGCUCGGCGACCUCGACGGCGACGGCGCCGCGGAGCUCCUCGUCGGCGACCAGGGCGGGUUCCUGACCUACUACGCCAACUCCUACUGCCAGCUCGCGAGCGGCGACGGCGCCUGCUCCCUCCGGGGCCUCUGCCGCGCGGGCGACGGCCGCUACGCGGCCGCCGCGUGCGAGUGCCUCUCGGGGACGACGGGCGACCAGUGCGAGGAGUGCCGGCCCGGCUUCUGGGGCGCGGACUGCGACCUGUGUCCCGAGGGCGGCGGCGAGGACCGCAACGCGCCGCGCAUCACGGACACGUGCGGCGUCGCGGGCAGCGGCCGGUCGCGGGGCUCCUGCGACGACGGCGCGCAGGGCGGCGGCAACUGCACGUGCUUCGACCCGUUCACCGGCGCGAGCUGCGCGGACGGCGCGUGCCCCGCGGGCACCGUCGAGACCGCGGAGCUCGACGACAGCGGGCUCUACUACGCCGCGUCCUGCCCGUCGCCGACGACGACGCUGCGCGCGGGCGGCGUCGCGUGCCUCGACUGCGUCGUCGGCUACUACUUCGACGACGUCUACUACGACCGGGAGGGCCGCGCGGCGGCGGCGGCCAGCGGCGUCCAGUGCGUCGCGUGCUGCCCGGCGUGCCCCGCCGGCGCGGACUGCGCCGCGGCGGGCGUCGCGCUCGCGGCGCUGCCCGCGGCCCGGAAUUUCUGGCGCGCGGCGGCGUCGGCGACGAAGCUCUACGCGUGCGAGCUCGACGGCGCCUGCCGGGGCGGCAACGACACGGCGCGCCUCUGCCGCGACGGCCACGAGGGCGUGCUCUGCGGCACGUGCGCGGCGAACCACUUCUACGACGCCGCGCUCGACCGCUGCCUCGAGUGCGCGACGCCGGCCAUGGACAUCUCGGAAUCGCCGGGGAAGCUCAUCGCCCUCGGCCUCCUGCUGGCCGUGGUCCUGGCGCUCGUCGCCUACUGGGCGCGGUUCCGCGUGGGCUCCGUCGCGCGCUUGCAGGAUACUCUCAACAUGCUGGUCACGGGCCGCGAGGACGACUUCGCCGAGCAGGAAGCCGAGGCGGGCGGCGCGCCGCCGACCUGGCUCGUCAAGGUGAAAAUCAUGCUCGGCCUCUUCCAGAUCGUCGGCGCGAUGCCCUGGAGCCUCCCCGACGUCUCGUUCCCGGCGCGGCUGCUGCCGGUCGUGGCCUGGGCCAACUACCUGAACUUCGAUCUGCUGUCCUGGGUGCCCAUGGAGUGCUUCGGGCGCUUCGGCUACUUCGACCAGCUCGUGUCGACGACGCUCGCGCCGCUCGCGGGGUUAGGGGUGGUCGCGCUCGUCACGGCCGCGCGGCGCGCGACCGCGGCCGCUUUGGACCGCCGCGCGGAGAUCUACAGCCAGGGCACCUACGCGGCGCUGCUCCUGACGUUCUGCGUGCUCCCGGGCUGCUCGUCGAUCACGUUCCGCUUCCUGUCGUGCGCGCGCUACGACGCGGGCGACUACGAGGACGACCUGCUGGUCCUCCACGCGGACCCGGCCGUGGAGUGCCGCGGCGACCGCUGGAACGCCUGGCGGGGCUACGUGGGCCUCAUGCUGUGCGUCUACCCCGUCGGCAUCCCGCUGUCCUACUUCUGCGUGCUCUACCGCCUGCGGCGCGAGCUCGACCCCGCGCUCGACGACGACCGCGAGUGCGACGCGAUCCGGACGCGGGACCGCGCGGGCUCGGGCUUCGACGACGUCGACGACAUGUUCGCCGAGGCGCGCGCGCGCUACGCGGCCGUCGUCGCCCAGGGCCGCAAGAUCGAGGCGCGGAAGACGCGGCACGCCAAGGCCGUCGAGCCCGUCGCGUGCCCCGCCGCGCGAAUCUUCGACCCGACUUCGACGUGGACGCGACGGUUCCUCGUCGAGGAGUACGAGCCGCGGUGCUACCUCUUCUCGGUCUUCGAGUGCUUCCGCCGCGUCGCCCUGACGGGGGGGCUGACGGUCUUCGCCUUCGGCGGCGCGACGCAGGCGGCCAUGGGCCUGCUCAUCUCCCUCGUGUCCUACAAGGUCUACGCCGUCGCCGCGCCGUUCAUCGAGGACGACGACGACCUCGUGUCCGAGGUCGCGCAGCUGGAGCUCGUCUUCGUCUUCUUCUCCGCGCUCAUGCUCGUCGUCGCGGACACCGCCGAGGGCGAGACGUCCCACGCGCGCGCGAUCUUCUCCGCGUUCCUCGGCCUCGCCUUCGCGCUCGGCCUCGCCGUCGUCGUCUUCAUCGUCGCCGUCGAGCUGUGGGGCCGGGACGCGGUGCUCGCGCCCUUCGGCGUCUCCGCGAAGGUCGACGACGACGACGACGAGGAAGAAGACGGCGCGGCGCCGCCGCCGCUCCGCGACGGCGUCUUCCCCGUGGCCGCCUUCGAGCCCGCGGGCGCGCCGCCGAAGCCGCGGCCGCGGAGGCGCCGCGCGGCGCGCCGGGCCAAGCGGCGGCCGGCCGGCGCGCCGGCGCCCGCGCCGGACCCGGACGCGCCGGCCCUGUCGUGCUGGGUGGGCUGCUUCCAGCCCGGCGACGACGACGCGCUCCGCGCGCUCGGGCCGGCGACGACGCUCCUCAGCGGCAACUGGACCUACUUCCCCGAGGCGUGCCGGGAGCGCGGCGAGGCGAGCGCGACGUCGCCCGAGUUCGGCAAGGGCAUCGACGGCGUGGGCCACUUCGGCCAAUUCAUCGUCGAGGGCAUCCGGGAGCGGCGCGGCGCGCCGCCGCGGCUCUCGCGGUUCUUCGGCGAAUCCGCGAGCGUCGCGGGCGCGUACUUCGUCGGCGUCGGCGGCCUCGGCGACGGCUUCGACCCGUCGCUCUACUGCCACGAGCGGGACCACGUGAAGCAGGCGCUCGACCCGAAGCGGCCCUCGAAGCGCUGCGAGCCCGCGGCCGCGUUCCGCGAGCAUUUCGCGAGCCUCUACCCCACGGGCGCCGCGCUCUUCCGCGACCAC